AAGCUUCUGAAUCCAGCUACAGCUGUGCAGGGAUAGGAGACAGACAGUGUAUUUAGAGAGAGACCACAGACAGAGAGCCAGCACAGUCUAAGGGAGCAAUCGCAGAGGCAAGAUGUCUAAGGGGCCGGCAAUUGGCAUUGACCUGGGCACCACCUACUCAUGUGUGGGUGUUUUUCAGCAUGGAAAAGUAGAGAUCAUUGCUAAUGACCAGGGUAAUCGGACCACCCCCAGUUAUGUGGCUUUCACGGACAGUGAGAGACUCAUUGGGGAUGCGGCAAAGAACCAAGUGGCUAUGAACCCAACGAACACUGUGUUUGACGCAAAGCGACUGAUUGGUCGCCGCUUCGAUGAUACAGUUGUGCAGUCCGACAUGAAGCAUUGGCCUUUUACAGUUAUAAAUGACGGGGGAAGACCCAAGGUUCAGGUUGAAUACAAAGGGGAGUGUAAGUCAUUCUAUCCUGAAGAAAUAUCAUCAAUGGUCCUCACCAAAAUGAAAGAGAUCUCAGAAGCCUACCUCGGAAAGAUAAUCAAUAAUGCCGUGGUUACCGUCCCAGCAUACUUCAAUGAUUCCCAGAGACAGGCAACUAAAGAUGCUGGAACCAUUUCAGGACUAAAUGUUCUGCGUAUCAUCAAUGAGCCGACUGCAGCGGCCAUAGCUUAUGGCCUGGACAAAAAGGUGGGUAGUGAGAGGAAUGUCCUGAUUUUUGAUCUGGGUGGAGGCACCUUUGACGUAUCUAUUCUUACCAUUGAAGAUGGAAUAUUUGAGGUCAAAUCCACAGCUGGUGACACUCACUUGGGUGGAGAAGACUUUGAUAACCGUAUGGUUAACCAUUUUGUAGGAGAAUUCAAACGCAAGCACAAGAAAGAUAUUACAGAGAACAAGCGUGCAAUUCGCAGACUGCGGACAGCCUGCGAACGUGCCAAGCGCACAUUGUCUUCUAGCACCCAAGCCAGCAUUGAGAUAGACUCCCUCUAUGAGGGCAUUGACUUUUACACAUCCCUCACUCGUGCCCGAUUUGAGGAACUCAAUGCCGACCUCUUCCGUGGCACUUUGGAACCAGUUGAGAAAUCUCUGAGGGACGCGAAAAUGGACAAAGCACAGAUUCAUGAUAUUGUCCUGGUUGGAGGGUCUACACGCAUUCCAAAAAUACAAAAACUUCUGCAGGACUUCUUCAAUGGAAGAGAACUUAAUAAAAGUAUUAACCCAGAUGAGGCUGUGGCCUACGGAGCUGCUGUGCAGGCCGCUAUCCUGUCCGGUGACACAUCUGAAAAUGUUCAAGAUCUUCUGUUGCUGGACGUGACCCCUCUAUCUCUUGGUAUUGAGACGGCUGGCGGGGUCAUGACUGUGCUCAUCAAACGCAACACCACUAUACCCACCAAGCAGACCCAGACCUUCACGACCUACUCUGACAACCAACCAGGAGUUCUCAUCCAGGUGUUUGAGGGUGAAAGAGCAAUGACUAAAGACAACAACCUUCUGGGGAAGUUUGAGUUGACGGGAAUCCCACCCGCUCCUCGAGGUGUUCCCCAAAUCGAGGUGACCUUUGACAUUGAUGCUAAUGGAAUCAUGAAUGUGUCUGCUGCCGACAAGAGCACCGGGAAGGAAAAUAAAAUCACCAUAACCAAUGACAAGGGCCGUUUGAGCAAGGAAGACAUUGAGCGUAUGGUGCAAGAGGCUGACAGAUAUAAGGCGGAAGACGAAGCUCAGAGAGAAAAGGUUUCAGCCAAAAACUCUCUGGAGUCAUUGGCCUUCAAUAUGAAGAGCACAGCUGAAGAUGAGAAGUUAAAGGACAAAAUUAGUCCUGAGGACAAACAGAAGAUCUUAGAUAAGUGCAAUGAGGUCAUCAAUUGGCUGGACAAAAACCAAAUGGCUGAGAAAGAAGAAUAUGAGCAUCAGCAGAAGGAGCUGCAAAACCUUUGCAACCCCAUCAUCACCAAGUUAUACCAAGGUGCAGGCGGUGCUGGGAUGCCCGGUGGAAUGCCGGGAGGAUUUCCCGGAGCAGGAGGCAGUGCAGCAGGUGGUUCUUCUUCAGGACCCACCAUUGAAGAAGUUGAUUAAAAAAAACUCCACCGACACUGCAAGUUUCUCACCACAGUUCUGCUUUGCCACACUCAAGAGUAUUCAUAAGCCAUCAGUUAGCGUCAGCUUGAGCUUGAUUCUUUUAAAAAGAGAUUGUUAAUUACUUAGUAGCCUUGAAUAGCCUGCACUCACUGUCUAGGACAGUGCGUGUUAUUUUAGCAGUAUAUGUUCUCCUUGUGUGCUCUACUUGGUUAUAUUCUGUAUCUUUCACUGUGUAUGAGCAGUAAGACCCUUUUACCCUUGUUAUACUGUAUUAGCUGAUGGUGCCAAAUUUAUCCGUUCUGUUCUGUAUUACAGUAUAUUUUACUGUAAAAGGUAAAAUGGGUUGGGUAGAAUAUCCCGGCACACUGGAUGCCGGCACUCAGAAUACCGACGCCAGCAUUCCGAUGAUGAAGGUCCCAAUGGGGGUGAGUUAUGUAUUGCAACUCACCCCCCUAACCCUGUAACCCUAACUCUCCAUUACUACAUCCUAACCUUAACCUCCCGCACGAGUGCAUAACCCUAACCUUCCUGGUAAGUGCCUAAUCCUAACCCUACACACCCCACUGCCUACACUUACACCCCCUCCGGUGAUGCCUAACCUUAACCCCCCUGUCUGCAGCCUAACCUCCCUACCCCACAGCCUAAACCUAAUGGCUGGUAAUGUUCCCUCCUCCCCCCUGCAGCCUAAUCCCAGCAUCCCCUGAAUACUUACCUUCGGCAUCCCGGCUGUCGGAAUUCCAGUGCCGGUAUUUUGACUGCUUAGAUCCCGACAGCCGGCAUAUUGAACGUAUCCCAGUAAAAUAUGCCGAUAUUUCUGGGAUCAUUAGUAUAUGACUCUUGCUUCCUUCUAAAUGAUGGUAUUUUAAAGUUAUAUCUCAAAUGCGUGAUCCCUUAAUUAUUGGUUCAUUAGAUCACGCUGCCCAUCAUGUGUUGUACUUAAGAUCCACUGUAGGUUUCAAAUUUAGGGGGAGAUGUAGCAAAACUUCUAAAGAGGGCAGGUGAUGAAGUUGCGCAUAUCAGCAUCUACCUAUCAUUUUAUAGAAGCACUUAAUGAUAGCUACUGCACAAACUGGUUGCUAUGGGCAAGAUCUCCACUUUUCCUCUUUAGAAGAUUUGAUAUAUCUGCCCCGUAUUUUUUUAAUGAUGCGCCUGCCUUUUGAUGGGAUCUUAAUAUUCAAAAAAGUCUUAUGACGGCACACCUGUUAGCAAUCUUUUUGAUGACUGCCGUAUAAAACCUCAAGUAUCCUUUUGACAAAUAAGCAUUUAAAAACAGUUUAUUGCCCAUUUGAUAACGAGGCAAAAAUAUAACAAAUGUCCAUUUACCCAUGGAAGAUGUGGCACCAAAAUUUGAUCAGACUUAUUGAUCAGACUUAUUACAUACUGUAAUCAAAUCUUUAACACCAUCAACCAAAAACUCACAAACCAACCAUACAGGGAACAAAAAGACCAACCUCUGCCUUACAGCUUCUUAGAAAACUUGCUGCACUCUACCCCCAUGGGCAUUUCCAGCCCUAUUGGUCAAACCUUAUGUCAUUCAAUUCCAAUAGUCCAAAUGAACUACUGUAACUGAUGCCUGCACCACAAUGUGUGACUGCCUCGGAGGAUUUAAUACUCAUGUGACUGGUUCUCUCAAACCUCUGCAUUAUUCAACAAUUCUCUUUGAUUUAAACUUCCAAACUAUUCCAUUACCCAGCUUUACGCUCCAUUAGUGCUGAUAAUUAAUGCUCCAGUAGUCCUAUAUCUGUCAUGGUGGUUUUGACAAACAGUAUGGCUGGAAUGUUUAAGGCAGAGAAACCCUGACCCUUGUUUUGUGAAUCACAAUAACUUCCGACAGUAAAUAUGGAUCCCUAGAUCUUUAGAGAUACUGUAAGUGCCUUUCGGAUGUCUUCCAAGAUUUUGAAUCAACCAAUGAAUGAGACUAUUCUCUCAAGAAAAAAAAAAAUCUUGUCUUGGCAUGUAGCCCUCACAUUUAUUGCUUUCCUUCAUUUUUGCGGGUUCCCAUAAUUAGCAAAACAAAAUGUUUGAAUAGAUGAAAACAUAUUGAAUAACCUGGUGCCACCAGACCAAUUGUGCUGUAACCCAUAGCAACUCGAAUAUUUGACUAGAUCAUUAUCUUGCAACAUGGAUUAAUUAAAAAAAAGCAAAAGUUGAAUUAUUGACUAUGGAAUAAAGCCAACUUGUGAUAAGUAAA